UAUAAAAGUAUUAAAUUUACAUACAUUAAAAUAUUCAAGAUAUAAAGAAUAAAAUUAUAAUUAAACAUAAAUAUUUUUUAAUACUGAAUUUUUAAUAUUGAAAUGGAAUGUGAGAUCUUUACAUAAAUCACAGUUUUAACUAUGACUAAUGUACAACGUUCAAAACUUAUUCGUAGUGACAAAAGUUGAACAGAAAACGUUCAGAAAACAGAAUGAAGAGACAAAUUGUAAUAUUUUUAUCGCUAUUUAUUUUUCAUUCCGUGAUUUCAUUCAGCUUUAACUUUGAAUUAUUCAAUCAUUAUAAAAAAAGUGAAAAUGAAGAUUUGUAUGAAAACCUCGACAUUUUGCAAAUAAUAAGAAAAGAGGGUUAUCCGGCUGAAGCACAUGUAGUUUUAACAGAAGAUGGUUAUAUUUUAACAAUGCACCGAAUUGUAGGGAAAUCUGGAUCUCCUACAAUUUUUUUACAACACGGCGUGUUAGGUUGCUCUAUGGAUUGGAUUGUACUUGGCAAAAAAAAUUCUCUUGCUUAUUCAUUAGCUGAUAAUGGUUACGAUGUAUGGCUUGGAAAUUUUCGUGGCAAUACUUAUUCAAAAGCGCAUAUUUCUUUAUCACCAGAAAAUUUAACGUUUUGGGAUUUCAGUUGGCAUGAAUCAGGUAUUUAUGAUCUACCGGCAAUGAUCACUUACAUUGUAAAAUUGAAAGAAAAUUCUUUAAGAGCGUACAUUGGAUUUUCAAUGGGUACGACAUGUUUCUAUGUGAUGGCCAGUGAACGACCGCAAAUAACAAAAUUAAUACAAUCAAUGUAUAGCCUUGCUCCAGUAGCUUUUUUGAAACAUAUACGAACUCCUUUACGAUAUUUAGCUCCGUUUGCAUCUGAUUUUAAGAAAAUAAUGUAUCUAUUUGGAGAUGGAGCAUUUUUACCAAAUAGUUUUAUUACAAGAUUUUUAGCAAAAUAUUUGUGUGAUAUGAAUUUUCGGGAGGAAAAGAUAUGUAGUAAUAUACUGUUUAUUCUUGUUGGAUUUGACGAAAAUCAAUUUAAUUACACACUGGUACCUAAAAUUUUGAAUUAUCAACCAGCUGGCACAUCUUCUAAGACUAUGGUUCAUUUUGUUCAAGAAAUAAAAUCUGGAAAUUUCCAACAAUAUAACUAUGGUAUAGAAAAAAAUUUAUUAAUUUAUAAUAGUCCUGAACCACCUAGAUAUAAUUUAUCAAAGAUAACAAUACCAAUCGUAUUGUUUUACGGUAAUAAUGAUUGGUUGUCUAGUCCUCAGGAUGUUAUAAAGUUAACCAAUGAAUUACCAAAGAAACCAAUUAUCUAUAAAGUGUCAUAUGCGAAGUUCAAUCAUAUAGAUUUUCUAUGGGCUAUGGAUGCUCCUAAACUAGUUUAUAAAAAAGUGCUUAAGAUGUUGAAAGAAUAUUAUAAAUAAUAUAGUAGAUUUAAAUAAUAUUUACUAUUAUUAUAUAUUUAGAAAAGUUUAUAUAAAAUAUACAACCAUAACAUAAAU